CCCUUUCUUUCCAUCUUGCAACACCUCUGGUCUGGCCCCGCCUUUCACCACUCCUGCCAAAGGGACUACGGGUUUCAUGCUCCCUCGGAAAGACAGGACUUCUGCAAUUUCACCUCCGAUUUCCUUGGAAGUCUAAAGCCAUGUUACUACCAUCAUCACUGCUGCUCUUCCUCGGCCUCCUCACCUGGGGUCCCAGUUCAUCAUGGGCUGCUAAAGUGGUUGUGGUCCCACCUAUCAUGUUUGAAUCACACCUCUACAUCUUCAAGACAUUGGCAACGGCUCUUCGCCAAGAGGGCCACGAGACCCACCUUUUAGUUUCCGAGGGUCGUGAGGUCCCUUCCUCUCCUUACUACCAUUUUCAGCGCUACCCAGGGAUCUUUAACAGCAGCACAGCUGACAGUUUCCUUCAGUCCAAAGUCAGCAACAUCUUCUCAGGCCGUUUGACAUUUCUGGAACUGUUUGACAUUCUUGACCACUACUCUCAGAACUGUGAUGCUGUUGUCGGCAGUUCUGAAGUAAUGAAUCGCUUGAAAGAAGCCAAGUUUGACCUGCUGCUUGUGGACCCCAAUGAAAUGUGUGGUUUUGUGAUAGCUCAUAUCCUGGGUGUGCGAUACGCUGUGUUCAGCACAGGCCUGUGGUACCCUGCAGAAGUGGGAGCCCCGGCACCGUUAUCAUACGUACCUGAAUUCAACUCAUUGCUGACAGACCGCAUGUCCUUAAUGCAGAGGAUCACAAACACAGCUGUUUACCUGGUGCAGCGCUUUGGAGUCCAUUAUAUUGCAUUACCCAAAUAUGACCGGAUUAUGAAGAAACACGGAGUAAAGCCUCAAGUGGCAAUGGCUGAUCUGGUGCAGGGGAGUAGGCUGUGGAUGCUAUGCACUGAUAUGGCUCUGGAGUUCCCCAGGCCCACCCUUCCACAUGUGGUCUACAUAGGAGGCAUCCUCACCAAACCCCCCAGCCCCUUACCACAGGAUUUUGAGGCCUGGGUCAAUGACACAGCAGAGCAUGGCUUUGUUAUUGUGUCAUUUGGAGCUGGAGUCAAGUACCUUUCCCAUGAUAUUGCACACAAAUUGGCAGGAGCUCUGGCCAGACUGCCUCAGCGUGUCGUCUGGAGAUUUUCUGGUGUUCCACCUAGUAAUCUUGGCAACAACACAAAGCUUGUUGAUUGGAUGCCCCAGAAUGACUUAUUGGGCCAUGCUAACACACGGGCCUUUUUGAGUCACGGGGGACUGAACAGCAUCUAUGAGGCCAUGUAUCAUGGGGUGCCAGUUGUGGGCGUGCCCCUUUUUGGAGACCACUAUGAUACUAUGACUCGUGUGGCAGCCAAAGGCAUGGGCAUCAUGCUACACUGGAAAUACAUGACGGAGGAAGAUCUCUUUGUUGCCCUGACCAGCAUCAUCAACGACACCAGGUACCGCCAGCAAGCACGCCUUCUCUCUGACAUUCAUAAAGAUCAGCCUGGCCACCCUGUGACCAGGGCCGUCUAUUGGAUCAGCUAUAUCCUUCGUCACAAUGGUGCCAACCACUUGCGCUCAGCUGUAUACGAGGUGUCCCCCUACCAGUACUUCUUGCUGGAUGUGAUUUUUACUGUAGCUGCUGCAUUGGCUCUUACCGUAUUUGUCAUCCGUAAGCUGGUAAGAAUGAUGAGGGGUAAGGCUGGGGACCACAGAAGAGGAGGUGUCAUCAGGGAUGACGGUAACAUGACCAAUGGACAUUGCCAUAGUGAGAGCAUUGCCAAUGGGAAACACAAACGCAAUGGCUCCUUGAAAUCCGAGAAGAAGAUGAAUUAAUGUUUUAAACGGCAAAAAGGCACAAGGAAGAAGUUGUCCUAAGGACUCAGCUCUAGGUUUGGAUCAGUGGUUUUAGAAAAGCUUGGAGAAAAGGCUGUUCCUAGGUCUGCUUUAAGAGGCAACUGCUACUCAGAGACAAACAUGAGGCUGUAGGAGGAUACACUGCAUCGUGUGGGGACAGAGCAAGGCAUCAGGUGCUCAAAAUCUGUGUGUAUGUGUGCUUGUGUAGGUGAAUGUAUGUGUGUAAUGAGGCAAAUUUAACAAAAACAAACUAUAACACCAGCAGUUACAGCAAUACAGCAUGAUACUGGAAAGUCUAGGAGGAUGAAACACAGGAACGACACAAAGGAGGAUGCUGUUUCUAUAUGACCAUGUUCUCCUCUGCACACUCUCUGAUGUCUUCCUGCCUGCCUUACAAGUGGAAGGGAAAUGAAGAGGGAAUCUUGAGCGCCAGCCUCUCAUCCUCAGAACAAAGCAUGAAAACAAACAGCUUUGCAAAUAUUUAGAAUUUAAUGUUUUUAACUGCAAACUCCAAAUGUCAUGAUAAACUGUAAAUAGAAAAUAAAUCUAUUUAUUACUGUACACAUUCACUUUAGUGAUGGACCUUUUAGCCUUAUCUUGUUUUUAAUUUAUUUCGUACAUCAGUGGUGUAACAGCAUGCCUUUAGACGCAAACUCCCUACUCUGAGCUCACAUGUCCGCAAACAUCGUUCUUAAUAUUGGUGAUUUGUAAAGCGUAAACGCAUAGUAGCAGUCAUUGUAAGCAUGCCCCUGGUCUGAUUCCCAUUCUAGCAUUUUGUUUAGUAUUCACUAAAUUACUCUGAGAAUUCAUAAUUUUCUUUUCCACAUAAUAUGAAGCUGUGAUUUGUAACUGCAUUCAGCAACAUUGAUUUUGAUAUAGAAUAAACUCUUUUUGGCA